CUUCUCGCGUCUCGCCAUCUAACGUUGUAUUUUGUAAAUGUCUAGUGUCAAGCCGAGAAACGUCUAUCACAUUGAGGAAUUCGAAAAUUUAAAUAAGUUUAGUUAGUUGGAAUGCGUUAAAAGUGACAAGAUCGCGCAAAUCCCGAGGACGUGAUUAUCGUAAAAAUAAUAUUACUUAUCGAAGAUCGCGAACAGUUCGCUAAAUUCCGGCGGGAGAUACAAUCACGUCGAUACAAUUUUAAACGUUAUCCAUUUCCAGUAAUAAUUUGAAAGUGAUCGGGAAAGAAAUUUCAGAUUUUUUCUUUGGAAAAAUAUUAUGUUGAAUGCGGAUCUUCACAACAUGGCGAUAAGAAAUGGGUAUAUAAUCGCUUAUUGCUAAAAUGACGGAAUACAUAUUGCAAAUCAUAAACUUGUAUAGUGCCAAGAGUUUGGAAAACGUAAACUAUUAAUAUUGAAACGCAACGAUCAUUGGGCAGAAGUAUUAUUUACCAUUGGGAUUACAUGAUAGUAAUAUAUAAUUGCAGAAACAAGUUUACAGUUUAAAUGGAAUGCUUUGGUGUUGUUGAGAAAUGAGAUACAUUAAAAAACAAGAUACAUGAUAAUGGGAGGCCAACAGGCAAAUGGACAGUGUCCCCCAGUUCAAACACACACGAUGCACACUCAUGGUGCAAGUGCAUUUCUUCAAUCUGAAUAUUUAAAGUAUCACUCAGAUACCUGUGCACAAAAUAGACACCAAAUGAUACAGACAGGAUCUUGUCCAGUGGAAUUACUGCAAUUGAUGGGUGUUGAAAUACCUUCUCUAAGGCGUAUAGAUUAUAUACAAUCAAAUAAUGGAAUGUCUCCUGGACAGUGGCAAAGACGGGUGAAUACAUCAAAUAAUACACCUAUUAUACCCUCUCCACAUCUUACUUUUAGGCCAAAUAAUAAUGGUUUAGUAAAAAAAUCAAGUUGGUAUAACAAAAUCAGCAAAAGAAAUUCGUUUAGAGAAUCAUUUGCAAAGAAUGAAAAGUAUGGCAGUGAUAGUGGUUUCAGUUCUCGAUCUCCAACACCAAACAAGUAUCACAUUGAUAGUAGUCAAACAGAAAGCUCAGAUGAGCGAGAUUCUGUAAUUUCUUCAGUUGAACAAAGUAUGAAAACAUUAUUUUGUAGAAAGUCACAUAAAAUACAUUCAAGUAAUAUUACAAACAAUAGAAUAAUGCAAUAUGGUAUAUUUUCAAAUACUUCCACAAAUCAAUAUUACCAACAUCAAAAACCUGUUAAUUAUUAUCCUGCUGCAAUGUCAACAUCUAGAAUUCAAGUGCAAACUUAUCAGAAUAAGAGAAGAUAUCAUUCAGGAAGGAAUAGUCCACCUCCACAAAGAUUGCAAAGAAAUAGAAAAUAUAUGGGGUUAUUGGCACCAAAUUAUAACACAUUUCCUAGGUAUGGAAUUGCACCAGAUCGAUUCCUUGCUAGGUCACAUUUAGUUGAAGUAACUCAUGUACCGGAUGAGUUGAUUAAUGGUUCAAUUUGGGAUAAUUUAUCGAAAGAUGUUUUUUCAAAAUUUAUGGUCAAUCAACAAACUGAAACCAUCUACAGAAAUAAAAUGAUGCUUUGGAGAUAUCUUUAUGUUUACAUCAAGACUGCAUUUCCAAAAUAUGGAUUGUUUCUGGUUGGAUCUACAAUGAAUGGUUUUGGAUCUGAUAACAGUGACGUUGACAUGUGUCUUUUAGUGAGGCAUACAGAAAUGGAUCAAAGAAAUGAAGCUAUUGGACAUUUAGAACAAAUAUUAAAAUGUCUUAGAAGAUGUGAAUUUAUAGAACAACUGGAACUCAUACAAGCAAAAGUACCAAUCCUAAAGUUCCAUGAUUCUAUACAAAAUUUGGAAGUCGACUUAAAUUGUAACAAUGCUGUUGGUAUUCGAAAUACUCAUUUGUUGUAUUGCUAUUCUCGAAUUGACUGGAGAGUGAGACCGUUGGUACUGGUAGUUAAACUUUGGGCUCAAUCUCAAGAUAUUAACGAUGCCAAGAACAUGACAAUAUCUAGUUAUUCGUUAGUUCUGAUGGUUAUCCAUUUUUUGCAGUGUGGUGUUAAUCCACCAGUUCUACCAUGUUUGCAUUCUCUCUACGAAGGUAAAUUUUCACCGCACACGGACAUACAUUGUAUAGAUAUCCAAGAAGAGUUAGACAUUCCUGCCUCCGUACUUCGUCCUAAAAAUCGACAAUCAUUAGGGGAGCUCUUCGUUGAAUUUUUUCGAUAUUACGUGAUGUUUGAUUUCAAUCAGUACGCAAUAUCGAUACGUUUGGCUAGUAAAAUACCGAUAGAGGAGUGUCGAAGAGCACGGUCUUAUAAGAAUGAUCCCCAUCAGUGGAAGUAUUUAUGCAUCGAAGAACCGUUUGAUUUAACCAACACUGCUAGAUCAGUUUACGAUCCAGACGUCUUUGCGAGAAUCAAGCAGGUAUUUGAUUGUACAUACCAAAACUUGAAAGAAUAUCACGACUUAUCCAGGAUAUUUGUCAAGAUGAAUUCAACAUCAUCGUACAUCGUGACGUAAUCACGUUCACGUUGGCUAUUAUAGAAAUACUUAUUAUCUAGUAUAAUUUUAUACUUGAAAGCGGUUUAUUUUUGCAAUUGGCCUCGCUUUAUAUAAUUCGAGGCAAUUCGACUGAUACCACCUAUGUAUGAGAUAGAAAGUACAACGAGGUAACAUUCUACGCUUACCUUGAGCUAACAUGCUCGUGUAUUGUGAUAAUAGCCGGCGCUUCUAUGCAAUGGCUCACCUGUUGCGUUUAUAAGAUCGAGUUUUCAUCUCGUCUUGUUUCGUUUCUGUUUUAUUACUCUUUCUUUUGAAUAUGUCGAGCCACUUAUUACAUGAAUUUACACAUAUACAAUCAAAAAUAUUCUUAGCUUUUCUUUAAGUACCUAUUGUUAUACGAAUACAAUAGUGUUUGUGAUUAGAAAAAAAGAGAAACGAUGAAAAAAAAGACAUUAAAUCCAAAUUGAAAGUUUAUAGUAAUAAGUUAACAAAAAUACGAUGCUGGUUUUUGUAUAAAUACGAAUGUCUUUCCUCAGUUCGUUACGUAUUAUUUCGAAAUUGUUAAAUAACAAAAAUGUGGUGCCUUAUUAUCGUUUAAUUGUUACAAAGUGACACAUUAGGUACGAUAAGUCGACGAAAUUUCAGUUUGUGACAAUUAAUUACAAUAUAGAUUAAUAUUGGCUCAAUGUACAUUUAAAAGGCUUCGUCUAAAAUUCAGGAAUUAUAUGGCACCGAAUUUUCUUCUAAAUCUGAGAUAUUCGUAUACAAAGAGUACACAUUCUUAAAAACUAUAAAUCUGCGUUAAAAAAAAAUGGAAAAAAGAUAUCUCAUCGAGAUAACGAAAAAAGAAAAAAAUUAAAAAGAAAAAAUUGUUCUGAGAAUUAAAAAAGUAUAAAAAUGUUUAAAAAAUAUUAAUAUUAUAGUAUCAACGAAAGUACGUUGAAAUUAAUUUAUCGAAUCAAUCAAAUACUAUCAACAUAUUGUAAUGAUUAAGUUUUGAUUCCUUGUACCAUGUGCCAAAAUAUGAAAUUAUUUUUGUCUUUCAUGUGCGAAGAAAAUUUUGUAAGACAAACAGUCUACUUCGAACUGCAUUUUAAACAAAAAUUAAGAUGUAUACUCUUACGCUUAAAAAUUUUAAAAGUAGACCAAGCAGUGCAAUUGGUGUAGUUAAAUUUACAGUUAAGGUGGUCAUUUGGUUGGCUAAAGUUCCUACUUUCGUUAAACAUCAUGAUUCCAUUUUCUAAUCUUAAUUUGACUAGUCCUUUCAUUGCCAAAAAAAAA